CACGAUUAUACACACCAGACGGCCUCAGGAAUCCUCCUCCAUAUUUAAGUCCUUCGACACCCCCUUCCCUUCUGGAAGGUACAAGCACCAUGGCUUCGAAAUUCUCUUCCCUCAUGGUAAUGGUAAUGCUCUUGGCAGCAGCGCUGCCAAAGGCAAAAGCGGCAAUGACAUGCGAUGCCCUGUAUGAGGAUCUGCUGCCAUGCCUGGAAUAUGUAAUACAUCGAGGAGGCUUCGCAGCACCCCCGCCCCGCUGUUGCAGCAGCGUCAGAAACCUCAUCAACAACAGACUCCGGCUGCCGGCGGACCGCCAGGCCGCCUGCCGCUGCCUCAGGCCCUCAAGAUGGCCUUUUUCGGAUACUCCGGACCGUUCAACUACCGCCUCGCCCGCGCCUUGCCCGCGGCAUGCGGCGCUCAUUUGGCCUUCCCCAUCGACCCUUCGAUUAACUGCAACAGAGCUCACUGAGUUCAUCGAUGCAUACAGAUGAAGUGAUGGAAGAAACCAUGGUGGUGGUGUCUUAGAUGAGUCGUGUCCUGCCUGUGUGUGUGUGUGUUUGUGUGUGUGUGUGAGAGAGAGACAGAUUUCGUGUUUGUUGUUGUUCUUGUGUCGGACUACAUGUGGAAGUGUUCUUUUCCACUUAAAGAUGUCAGUAAUAAACUUGUGGUGAUUGCGCUUCAAGGGGCAUAGCGUAGCUGGUUGAGUUAGGAGCCUGUACUAAGACAGGUCUCUAGUUCGAUUGCCGUG